UUUACACAACUCGGCGCCCUGAGAAACGCAUGAACUGUUGAUGAAUCGGUUUUUAAACUGAGAAUUCUGCUCGCAAGGGCGGAAUUUUUCCGUUGUUUACAAAAAUUUUAGAGUGCCAACACCACUGUUGAUCUUGCAAUAGUUCUUCUCUGUUGCACUUGUUGAUUCUGCCAACAGUUCUGCCUUGUAAACGAAGAUAAACCUGGUGAAAAUGGCGAAGAGCACUAUUUUGUACCUUCGAAUCGGUGAGGGAAAGAAUUUACCACGGAAAGACAUCUCUGGAAAGAGUGAUCCAUACUGCAUCGUGAAAGUUGACAACGAGCCUGUUGCGAGAACUGCCACAGUUUGGAGAGAUUUGGAGCCAUUUUGGGGAGAAGAAUACACGAUGUUUCUACCUGUUGGUUUUACGAACUUGUCUGUUUUUGUUUAUGAUGAAGACACUAUUGGGGUCGAUGAUCUUAUUGGACGAGUGACAUUUGACCGAGAGACACUGGCGCAAAGUCCUAAAGGACUGGAUAAAUGGUUUCCUGUGUCUUUGGCCGAUAUGCAUAACUACUCGGACAUUCAAGGGGAUAUCAGAAUCGAAACAACACUGUUCGAAAAGGGAGAUGUUAAGAAGAUCAGAGCAAAAGUCGUAGAAGUCAGGGACCUUCCCGAGACGGGCCGUAGCAUUUUAGAGCCCUCUGUAAAGCUCACCCUCGGGGAAUCAAGUACAGGCGGUUGUCAGAUGCGAUUAUCGUUACGAGAAACAGUCGUCAAACUUGCAGAGGGACAUGAGAAGAUGUGGAUUCCUACGAAACAGAAGUGCUUAGAGGUGGACGUGAAAGAACCGCUACAGGAACUGAAGAUGAUUACUGAGGUGAAGAUUGAAUCUGAUGCACUCUGCUGUUUUGGGCAGGCCACAACUUUCCUGUCGAAGCUCAAGCCGGGACAAACCCGAGACUGUUGGUACAAGCUGUUUCCGAUGCCUCAGUCGAAAGAAAUUAAGACAGAGAACCUCGGUAGUAUCCGAAUGAAGGUUCGGUUGACUCAAGAACGCAUCCUACCUCAGAAAUGUUACCAGUCUUUAGUGGAGACUCUUGUCAACUCCGCUAAGGACCCGGAGAGUCUGGAUCCUACAGCGCUGAGCUUAAUAGAACAGCUGACUACCGCUGACCAAGCAAUACUGGCUCACCAACUUGUUCGUCUGUUUAUUGGCCAAGAUCUCGUUAUGCCAUUUCUGGAUUAUCUGACUCUUCGCGAGAUAAGGAGCACAAGUAUAAGCUGUCCAAGGACUCUGUUUAGAGGCAACAGUCUGGCAGCCAAGUGUAUGGAACAAUUCAUGAAGAUUGUAGGUAUGCCAUACCUUUCGGACACAUUGAAACCAGUUCUCGACAAGAUAUUUGAAGAACGCAAAUACUGCGAACUCGACCCAUGCAAAGCUGCAGAAAGGAAACAUAGCGCCUUCAGGCGCCUGAGCUUGAGGCCGGCAGACGAGCAAGACAAGAGUCUGUCAGUGUUGACUGGUUACCUAGAGACAGUUAUGACGUCAAUCCUGAACUCAGUCAAAGAAUGUCCAAGCUACAUGCGAGCAGCCUUCAGAAAUCUCGCUAAGAGAGUCUCGGAUCGCUUUGGUGAUGUACCUGACUAUGAGGACUCUAAGUACACAGCCGUGAGUGGUUUCCUGUUUCUGCGGUUCUACGUGCCAGCAAUACUUGGACCUAAGCUCUUCGGUCUGCGGGAAAACCACGCCGAAAAAAAUGUGUCACGCACCCUGACCAUACUAGCGAAGACUGUCCAGAAGAUUGGAAACAUAGAACUCCCUCUUCAGAACGGAAAAGAAGAAUGGAUGGGACCCCUGUACAAAUGGAUUGCAUUCUACACUGAUGAAGUAAAGGACUUCCUGGAUCAGCUUGCAGACGUGGAAGAUACAGAAGUUCCAGGUUGUGACCACAGGAGGACUGUGUUUAGUCACUCAUUGAUCAUCAAAGAAGGUUCUCUCAAGAAAAGUCGCUACAGGGACACUAGGCUGCCCAAGCCGUUCAAGUUCAAAAAGCGCCAUUGUUGGCUCAGCACGGAGAAUUUCCUCUACGCAAAAACUAAUGAUUCACAGACGAGGCAGUUUCUCCCAACAAGAAAAAUUCUUGCCGUGGAACGAGUUGACGAGUCAGCUUUUCAAAAGCCCAACGUGUUUCAAGUGGUCAGUAAAGAUUACGAUGAAGCUCUGCAAAUUCUCUACCUCGCCGCUCAGGAUGUGAAUGAAAUGAAUCAAUGGCUCUCAGCAAUAAGGAAAACCACCAUCUCUAACACUAAUCUGCUCAGUUACUUCCAUCCGGGAGUCUUUCAUAAGAACAAAUGGACAUGCUGUAAGCGAGUCAUCAAAUCAGCUGGAGGUUGCCAGCGGACACAUACACACGUGACCUUGAGCGACUGGCGAGAUCCACUGGACCCAGACUCCGAAGCGCAGAUGAUUUUUACACAGCUUCUUCAAAGCCGAGACGAGAUUCGAAAGAAAUUUCUUGGAAUUAAUGAGCAACGGAAACAUUCACAAGAAUCCUGCGACACAAAAAAGGAUGAACAGAUAUCAGUCAAGGAGGAAUAUACGUCUUCACCAGCCGAGAGAGCUGUGGCAACGAAGCUAUUGGAAGUGAUAGAUGAACUCGAAAAGGCUCACCAAACAUUCGAGGAGAAAACUAUUAAAAAAUAAGAAGACUAUAUCUAGAGAAUAACGCACUGUCUAUAUAUGAACAGCUACAAAAGGAAAAUUUUCAUAAGUAAACAGACAAGUUAGUUUUGUUUUCAACAAGACUGGAAACAAGACUGGAAAUGGGUGGUUCUGUAUCAGGAAAAAGGAAAGAGAGGCAUAGCUCACUGAAAUAUAUGUAUGAGGCCCAGAAGGCCGAAACAGUACUUUCUGCAGUUAUAUAUAUAUUUAUUAAAAACUGGA